UAAAGCUUCGAGAACCCAAGAGGUCAGUUUCCACACUUCCCAAUUCAGACUCUCACGUCAUCUUCACCCUCAUCCUAAUUUAGGAUACACGCAAACCGACAUACGAUUACCCAGUUUCGCAUAUAUCUAUUUCCCCCUCUGUUUCUUCGAUCACAAGGCAGUCCCUUUCAAAAUCAAAACCCACCAUUUACUUGAAUUCUUUGAGCAAACAACCCAAGCACGCAAAGAAAUGGAGGCGAACGGAAAUGCCAAUCAACGGAUUGCCAGAAUUUCAGCUCAACUUAACCCUAAUUAUCCCAAGAUGGAGGGAAGUUCCGGAUUGCAACAAGUCAGCUGUCGGGCGAAAGGUGGAGCUCCCGGAUUCAAAGUUGCAAUCUUGGGUGCUGCAGGAGGGAUUGGGCAGCCUCUGGCCAUGUUGAUGAAGAUGAAUCCAUUGGUUUCAGUUCUCCAUCUCUACGAUGUUGUCAAUAGUCCCGGUGUAACAGCAGAUAUCAGUCACAUGGACACUGGUGCAGUGGUAUGCGGUUUUCUAGGACAAAGCCAAUUGGAGGAUGCCCUCAUUGGCAUGGACCUUGUCAUAAUUCCUGCUGGUGUUCCAAGAAAACCGGGAAUGGCAAGGGAUGAUCUGUUCAAUAUCAAUGCUGGCAUCGUCAAAACCCUUUGUGAAGGGAUCACCAAAUGCUGCCCCAAUGCCAUUGUCAACUUGAUCAGUAAUCCUGUGAACUCUACAAUACCAAUUGCAGCAGAGGUUUUCAAGAUAGCUGGCACCUAUGAUCCAAAGAGGCUGUUGGGAGUUACAAUGCUUGAUGUUGUCAGAGCCAAUACUUUUGUGGCUGAAGUUAUGGGACUUGAUCCCAGAGAAGUUGACGUUCCGGUUGUUGGCGGCCAUGCAGGGGUGACGAUUUUACCGCUUCUGUCUCAGGUUAAACCUCCAUGCUCUUUUACCCCAGAAGAAACUGACUAUUUGACAUCUCGUAUUCAGAAUGGUGGAACUGAAGUUGUUGAGGCAAAAGCUGGGGCGGGAUCGGCAACGCUAUCAAUGGCUUAUGCUGCAGUUAAAUUUGCUGAUGCAUGUUUGCGAGGCCUGAGAGGAGACACUAGUGUCAUUCAAUGUGCUUUUGUGGCUUCUCAGGUGACUGAGCUUCCUUUCUUUGCAUCCAAAGUACGGCUUGGCCGUACAGGAAUCGAUGAGAUAUACCCACUCGGCCCCUUGAAUGAGUACGAAAGGGUUGGACUGGAGAAGGCAAAGAAAGAGUUAGCAGAAAGCAUUCAGAAGGGGGUUUCUUUUAUCAAGAAAUGACUCUAAUCUGGAAGUCUGCCAGCAGCUUUAGCCCUUGCUAUUGGGCCUCUAAGCAGUAUAUAUAUGGCCCAGAGAUGGACCAUCCACAUAAUUUGACCCAGCCCAAUCAGACCUGGGGCCUAGACUAUAAUUUUUUGGAGGAAACAACAGGGCCAGCUGAAGCCUGGGCCAUCAAGUCGUGCCUUGGGUACAAAAUCCCUUGGGGUAAUUUGUUGGUGAUUCUGCCUUCUGAGUUCUGACUUGUGGGCUUAUUGCCGGUCCAGGUUUUCGUGGACGUGUAUCGGUGUAAGACCUUUUGAGUUUGUGUUGACUAUUUUGUCCCCGUUUUAGAAUGCGAGUACUGUGCGAAAUUUCGAGUGGAGCGUUGUGACUAAUGGAGGGUAUUAUCAGGAAAAAAGGAUUACGAUUAUUUGGAUGGGACUUGAACGUGCGGGUAUUUUGAAUAUUGGAGCAGCCCAGGUGGAGCUCAAAUUUUUUGGUUA